CUGAUGCCGAUACACAACCAUUCUGGUUGGAUUAGAUUAGUGGGUUGACUCUAUCUUCCUUGUUCUUUCCUUCUUUGCAUGACCAAAAAAUUUAUUUCAUUUCUCUGUGUUCUGUGUCUGGUUCUUCUUGUUGUUGGGGUAAAGUAAAAGCAAAAGCAAAAGCAAAAGCAGUAGUGUGAAAACUCAAACAUGGGUUCAGGCAACAGUUGCAUGGGGUCACACCCAUCUGGGUCAAGGUCACAGCUGAGCCGCUCAGGCACAGCAAUGUCAAAAAGGUCUAAGCUUUCCUUUCUCAUCUGUGGUGCUUCCUCUGGUUCUCACACUCCCUUUCAGGUGGAAAAUCAUCUCACUAAAUCAACAGCAAGACCCCUAGAAAAGAAGCCUCCCCUUAAUAGUGUAUCCCUAAAGCCCAUGGAGCAGCCAUCCUCAAAUUGUACUUCAGAAACUGGGUUCAGUAGCUCCAGCCCUGAUAGUGGAGCCUCAUCUGAAGUCAUUCGUGGUACUGUUGUUAAAAGUUCUGCUGAAUUUGGUCUGAUAAAUCUUGAAACAUCUAGCAGUGGGAAAUGCCUUUCUGAGAAUGACGGAUUACUGCCUCAUCAGGCAAGUGCUCAUGGUACUCCUGUGGAAUUUCAUAGGGAGAGCAGUGAAACAUCUGGUAUUACCUUUAAAGAACAAUCAUCUCUAGAGUCAGGGGAUAGAUCUUCAAGCAGUGUGGUUCAGGAGCCCGCAAAUUUAUGUUUAGUUGAGGAAUCUAUUCCGGAUGCAGCUAAGGGCCUCCAUUCUUCUGAUUCUGAUUCUGGAUCUGCUUCUGUUGUUCCUGAUUCUCCAGAAAAUUGUCAAUUGCUUCAAGAUGAUUCUGCUGAAAGGGUCACGUCUUCAGGUCUAGGAUCCAUUGUUUCUGCUACAGAACAAGAUUCGAGAAAUAGAAGUCGGCUUCAUGUUGAUAUGGUGAGUAUCUCCUCUGACACUUUGUUUAGAGGCAUUUCAGAUGUAAGUAACCGUGAGGCAAGAAGUAGUAGAGGAAUGUUUUGGGAUACUUUUUCAAGACGCAGUUUUAGACAGCAUAGUGAUUCCCCAACGAUUGUUUUCGCAACCAGUCAUGCUGAUGGUCUUAGAUCUCAUGACAGAUGGCUCCUUGAUUUCAGUGAUCUCCAUUAUGACGGGGUUGGUCAUGAUUCUAGACACCCUCGCUAUGGUGGUCAUCAUAGACGUGAAAGACGACGGUGGUCAAGAUAUGAGAGUUCAGAAAGAGUUCAUAGUGAUCUGGAUGAUGAAGACAGGCAUAUGUCUUUCUGUGCAUCAGGACUCCACCCUAAUGGUAGAUGCACUUGUGGGACAUUCUUUUCAGCUGAAGAGCCUAGUAUUCAUGCAAGCAUCUUUCAAAUACUCAUGCUUGCUGAUGCACUAUUUGAGGUCUUGGAUGAAAUCCAUCACCACCCGGUGUCUGAUUCGCCGUCUGUGCUUUCACUGCCAGCUCCAGUGGAUGUUGUAGACUCAUUUCCUCUCAAGAAUCACAAGAAGGCCGAGGCAACUGAAAAUGGAGCCCAGUGUUACAUUUGCCUGGCUGAGUACGAGGAAGGGGAAACAAUAAGAGUUCUCCCAUGUUGUCAUGAAUAUCAUAUGCCAUGCAUUGAUAAAUGGCUCAAAGAAAUUCACGGUGUAUGCCCAAUUUGCAGAGGAGAUGUUUGUGAGGGCAUUGCCGAGGCUUCCACCUAAAAUCCAGAAAUUUCAUCUUUUUGAUGGAUAUGUAAAUACAUAUAUAAAUAGGUAAAGGUUUUUUCUUGAAAUAUUUUAUGCCUACAUAGUUGUAAAACAGUAAAAGUUUUAUGCUUCAGUAAUAUGAUAUGCUAUAAGUUGGCUCCAGAGAAUUAAGAAGAGGGGCAUAUGCAUCUUGUAGUUUCCCUGUUGAAAUUCCAGCACAUCAGAUUUUGUAAUAAAAACUAGAAAGGAUUAUCAUCAAAAUCAUUGCCACACCAUCAAUAUGCAAAAUGGCAUUGUCAUGAUGAGCGAGGUACUGAAAUUUGGUAAUUGCUGUCCAUCAUUUGGAUGGAAUAUGCUAGUUAUGAUGUAGUUUAUGAAAGUGAUUUGAUUGUUGAUUCCAAA